AUGGUGGAUGGAAAAGAGAAGAAGAAUGAAGGUGAGGGCGGAAGCAGGAAGGUAGUUUCACCAUACUACUUGACUGCCAAUGACAACCCGGGUAAUAUAAUUACCCAAGUUCAACUGAAAGGAGACAAUUACGAAGAAUGGGCUCGAGCAAUGCGGAUGGCGCUCCGAGCCAAGAAGAAGAUUGGCUUUAUCGAUGGAUCUAUAUCUCAGCCCACAGAUGAUUCACCGGAAUUGGAAGACUGGUGGACUAUAUGGGAAGAACUCGCUAAUUAUGAACAAAUUCCAACAUGCAUUUGUGCAGGCUGCAACUGCAACAUCGCUGCGAAGCUGGAGAAGAGACGAGAAGAAGAAAGAGUCCAUCAAUUUCUGAUGGGCUUGGACGACGCAGUAUAUGGAACAGUGCGUUCCAAUAUUCUGGGCACCGAUCCGUUGCCAAACUUGAACAAAGUCUAUGCCAUGGUGAUACAAGAAGAGCGCCUGAGAGCCAUGACCCGCGGCAAAGAAGAAAAAAGGGAAGCGAUGAGCUUUGCUGUGCAGAUGCAAGUUGGAACAAAAAGAAUGGGACAUGACACAAAAGAAAAAUCUGGAGUGUGCACGAACUGCGGACGAACAAGACAUGAAGCUAAGAGUUGUUUUCAACUCAUCGGAUACUCAGACUGGUGGGGAGACCGACCGAGAUCUACUGGAGGUGGGAAAACACGAGGCUGGGGAACACAAUGCAAAACUGGUCGUGGACGUGGAGGCGUACAGAGGACAAAUGCUGCACAAGCGGUAGGGCAAGCUUCUGAACCAAUCCACGCGACAGAGGGAAAUCGUGCAGCAUUCAGUGGAUUGACUAAUGAACAAUGGUCCCAUUUUCUUAAUCUCUUGAAUUCUUGCAAACCCAACACAAAUGAGAAGUUGACAGGUAUGAAUUGGAUAAUUGACACAGGAGCUUCACACCAUAUGAUCGGGAACUUGAACCACCUGCAUGAUACCGAGACCGUGACUGGGUGUCCAGUUGGAUUGCCCGAUGGAAAGCGUGUCAUGGCAAUAAAGAAAGGGACAGUCAUUUUAAAUAAGCACAUGAAGCUUACUAAUGUGCUUUAUGUUUCUCGUUUGAAUUGUAACCUGAUAUCUGUGUCGCAAUUACUAGAGGAGUCAAAUUGUAAUAUCCAAAUCACUAAUAAGUUUUGUGUUGUACAGGACCGCACUUCGAGGAUGGCGAUUGGUGCGGGUGAACUACGCGAAGGGCUCUACUACUUCAAGGAUGCGUGCUCAAGCAAGUUUCACAAGGCAAAGGUUAAAGCUUCAUAUGAGUUAUGGCACAAGAGAAUAGGUCAUCCCUCUGAAAAAGUAAUUAAAUUUCUUCCUGAUUUGAACAUUAGAGGUGGUAGUGGAAAUAGGAUUUGCGGUGUUUGUUUGAAAGCCAAACAGACAAGAGGUACGUUCGAUUCUAGUGAAAAUAAUGCUAAAAAAAUUUUCGACUUGAUUCAUUGUGAUUUAUGGGGUCCGUACUCAGUACGGGCGUCUUGUGGUGCCACGUAUUUUUUGACUAUUGUUGAUGACUUCUCAAGAGCCGUUUGGAUUUUCUUACUUAAUGACAAAAAUGAAGUGGGCAAAACUUUACGAAAUUUCUUCACUAUGGUUAAACACCAAUAUGAUAAAUUGGUAAAGAUAGUUAGAAGUGACAAUGGUACUGAGUUUAUAUGCUUGAAAGAAUAUUUCUGA